AAAUUAUUAGCCCUGCUGUUUGCCUUUCUGGCUUCGAAUGGAGUGCUUGCUGAUGUUUCUCAUCUGAGUAGUGACCUGCAAGAGGAUGGUUAUCAUUACAAACAGCCAUCGGUGCCAUUUCCACCACCACCUUCGGGCAAUGAAAUAGACGAUACAGGCUACCAGCCACAGCCGCAGCCGCAACCGCAGCCACAGCCGCAGCCUCAGCCAUCGUACCCAGCUCCUCGCCCACAGCCACAACCAUCCUAUGGAGCUCCCAGGCCACAACCACAACCUCAACCCCAACCCCAGCCACAACCAUCCUACCCAGCCCCAAG